CUGCAGCGGCACGAUUAGGGGCCGGGAUUACAACACCUUGUAACCCAACUGUGCUAGCUCGCGAGCUGUUCUAGACCGGGACAAGUUAGAAUCUGGAGCUUGGUGUCCUUCCCACGCGUCGUUUGGCGUCCGCCGAAUCGGGGAAGGUGCGUGCACGGGGCUAGCCGUCGCUUUCCCACGUUGUAAAACUCGCGCCCAUCCCGCUGCUCGACUCUCUCCUUCCUUCUUCAAUAUUUUCCCCAACACUCCCUCGCUCGGUAGUUCCCAUCUCGUCAUGCGCCGUCGACCUUCCCACCGAGACCCGCUCAGAAUACCCCCUAGUCGGCCUCGCCGCAGCUGAAAAACCUUGCUUCGCAACAAGUUUGAAUCCAGAACCCUCUAGAACCUUUGCCUCCAUCAUUGGCUGUUUAUGGCAACCUCCGAUUCCAAUCGUGUCUAGAAGCUCAAACCCGAGGAUCGUGAUAGUCGCAGACCUUUAUUCACAAUCAUAUAAAGAGCCGAAGCUUAUUAUUUAUUCUACUUCGAACUCUCGCAAUGACUUUCGGUACUACCUCACAGAAUCUCUACAACGCUCAAAGACGCUCCGAGCACCAUGAGGCCGAUGUCCUGGUGGUCGGCGCUGGAGUGUUUGGCUGCGCGAUGGCUUAUGCGUUAGCUAACCAAGGGAGGAGUGUUAUUCUGCUGGAGCGGCAGAUGAAAGAGCCGGACCGCAUUGUCGGGGAGCUUCUCCAACCCGGUGGUGUGGAGGCGUUGAAGAAGCUUGGGCUAGAGAAAUGCCUGGAAGGUAUUGAUGCCAUUCCUUGCUACGGCUACAACGUCCACUACCACGACGACGACGUCGUGAUCCCGUACCCUGCCAUCGAGCCUUCGGGUAAGGUCUUAGCGGCCACUCACAGAGGCCUUACUGCCCAAGAGUACUUGCAGGCGGUUGGUAGGAACAAUACAAAUGGCCAUGCAGAUAAAGCUAGUGGAGCCGUGCACAAGUUCUCUCUCGACAAGCCCGAGGGCCGUAGUUUUCACCACGGACGGUUUAUUAUGCGGCUGCGACAAUCCUGCGACAAUCACCCAAACGUCACUAUUUUCGAGACAGAAGUGACGAACACGAUCCGGUGCGAGCACACCUCUCAGAUCCUCGGUGUGGAGACGAAGAGAGCGGACAAAACAAAGGAUUACUUUUUUGGCCAGCUCACUGUCAUCGCCGACGGGUACAAUUCCAGGUUCCGCAAGCAGAUCAUCAACAAGACUCCCAUUGUUAAGAGCAAGUUUUACGCCUUGACGCUUAUCGACUGCCCCAUGAAGCCUACGAAUUUUGGCCACGUCAUCAUUGGCAAAGCUUUCCCCAUUCUAAUGUACCAGAUUGGCAACCACGAGACGCGCGCGCUAAUCGACGUGCCCGAGAACCUCCCGGAGGCAUCCCCUCAGAACGGUGGCGUUCGUGGCUAUAUCAGAAACGUCGUGAUUCCAACUCUUCCAGAAGGAACAAAGCGGGCAUUUGAGUUGGCCCUGGCUAGUGGCCGUAUCCCGAAGAGCAUGCCAAACAGCUGGCUCCCACCGGUGCGCCAGAAGAACAACUUGGGCGUCGUCCUCCUCGGCGACGCUUACAAUAUGCGUCACCCACUAACAGGCGGCGGCAUGACUGUAGCCUUCAAUGAUGUCGUCCUCCUCUCGAAAUUACUCCAUCCGGACAAGGUCGCUGACCUCGGCAACACCGACGCCAUUAACGCGGCCAUGAGCAAGUUCCACUGGCAGCGCAAGUCGCUCACCAGUAUUAUUAACGUGCUUGCCAUGGCGCUUUAUAUGCUCUUUGCAGCACAGGACCGCCAGCUUGCUGCUUUGCAGCGCGGCUGCUUCGUCUACUUCAAAAAGGGCGUUACUGAUGAGCCCAGCGCCAUGCUAGGCGGUAUCCUCCACCGGCCCUCUGUGCUGGCAUACCACUUCUUUGCCGUAGCUUUCCUAUCUAUCAGGAUCAACACCGUCGACCUUUGCGGGGGGGGCAUCUCCGGCAUUUGCAAGGUACCCCGAGCCGUUCUCGACGCUGUGCUGAUCCUCUGGAAGGCGUCUGUUGUCUUUCUGCCCGUCAUGUGGCAGGAACUGCAGUAAUCACUGGACUCGAAAUGAGCAACAGCUUACUGUGCUACAAUUCGCAUUAGUGACUCGAGAACGACAUAGAAAAUCAUUCGCUGCAUUGGAUAUAAGUUCUACUGCUUAGUCAGAACGACUUACCAACGAAAAGCGGCGGUCAACUAGAGUGCAGUGAGCCCGAGAGCGAGUAGCGUUCUAUACUCGAGGGUAGUUCUAUGACCUUACCAAGUUACCUUACCGGCGCGCCACGUAUUCGUGGAGGGGUCCGAGGACGGUCUGGGGAUCACCAGCCAUUUUGGCCGGUCAUCCCACGGUCAGUUGGCCCGUGCACCGGUCCGAAGACCAUCCAAAAUCCUGGAUCAGGCUUCAACCCAUACGGUUGAAGCUUUAGAACAGUAGAUAGGAAAUUGACAGUAGUAUGACAGUAAAAUUUGCUUACCGUUUGUGAUCCUGGGGCCGUUAAUGUGAUAUUGCCGUCGCCGGCCACACUAUCAUCAUGAGUCCAUGACGGCGACCGCCAAUACUGACUGGAAGCACUCACUCCUCAGUCCUGACCUGUCGGCGUGGAGUGAGGACAGUACUAUCACCGUCCUCAGGGUGAGACCAAGGGCGGGCGUUUCUGGUUUCCUCGAAUGGAACCCAUCGCGGCCGUGGGUGAGGCAAUGGGCGGUCCUGGGACCAGGAGUUGGAGCGGCGGCAAGGAAGCCGCAAGAGUUGAAAAGCACGCCAGCCAAGCAAGAAAGGCAAAGAGGAACUGAAGAAUAGCAGACGAAACAGCGAAGGAAAUGACAGAGGCAAAUGGUGAUGGAAACGACAGAGGGAACGGUGGUGAAUCGGUGGUCGAAAACGGCAAGGAGACCGGCGAAGGAGACUGGAUGAGGAGACCGGAUGGGGAGACCAGUGAAGGAGACUGGCAAAGGAAACGGCGAAGGAAAACGGUGAAGGAAAACGGUGAAGGAAAACGGUGAAGGAAAA